UCUCUCUCUCAAUAUUUUCAACUCUCUCUCUCCCCCUCCCCCUCUCUCUCUCUCUCUAAAGAGGGUGAAGUCUGUGUGUUUUGGAGAGGGGAAACAAAUACAAAUGGGUUGUUUAUUCUGCUCUGAGAAAUCCAAGAAGAAACCUAAAUUUCAGCAAAACAAGAAGCCAGAAGAUCAGAUCUCAUCAACUUCAGAUAAAUUGAAGAUCAACUCUGCUCUGGGUAUAAAUAAAGAAGGUUUGAAAGAUGGAGGAUCUACACACAUUGCAGCACAUACAUUUACAUUUCGUGAAUUGGCAGCUGCUGCCAAGAACUUUAGAGCAGAUUGUCUUUUGGGUGAAGGAGGCUUUGGAAGAGUAUAUAGAGGGCGGUUGGAGAGUACCAAUCAGGUUGUGGCAAUCAAGCAACUCGAUCGUAAUGGUUUGCAAGGAAACAGGGAGUUUCUUGUCGAAGUGCUGAUGUUAAGCCUUCUUCACCACCCUAACUUGGUGAACUUAAUUGGAUAUUGUGCCGAUGGAGAUCAAAGACUUUUGGUUUACGAGUACAUGCCACUAGGAUCAUUGGAAGACCAUCUACACGAUCUACCUCCUGAUAAACAACAACUUGACUGGAACACACGAAUGAAAAUAGCUGCUGGUGCGGCAAAAGGGUUGGAAUAUUUGCAUGACAAAGCUAGUCCUCCUGUUAUUUAUCGUGAUCUAAAAUGCUCAAACAUUUUGCUCGAUGAAGACUAUAAUCCAAAACUCUCUGAUUUCGGAUUGGCCAAAUUAGGACCUGUUGGUGACAAGACUCAUGUGUCAACAAGAGUGAUGGGGACUUAUGGGUAUUGUGCUCCGGAGUACGCUAUGACCGGUCAACUCACACUCAAAUCGGAUGUUUACAGUUUCGGAGUCGUUCUUCUUGAAAUCAUUACCGGAAGAAAGGCAAUUGACCAUUCAAAAACUGGUUGUGAACACAAUCUUGUUGCUUGGGCACGGCCGUUGUUCAAAGACCGUAGGAAAUUCGGACAGAUGGCAGACCCGAUGCUCCAAGGACAGUACCCUGUAAGAGGUUUGUAUCAGGCACUUGCUGUGGCUGCAAUGUGUGUACAAGAGCAGCCAAAUAUGCGGCCAGUGAUCGCAGAUGUAGUUACAGCCCUCACGUAUCUUGCUUCUCAAAGAUACGACCCGCGGGCCUACCAGCCUCAAACGGUGCGUACAGGCUCGGGCUCGUCCACCCCUAGAACACGAAGAAACAGCGAUGCUGCCACCAGGUGAAAGAUGGGUAUUCUGCUAACAAGAAAUAUGGGACUCUUUUGUGUUUAUAUGGGAACACAUGCUGCUGGGAAUGUUUGGUUAUUCUUUUCACCUUUGUUUCUGUCUCACCAUUCUUUUUUUCUUCAUUUUCACCUGAAUUUUUGUGUUUCUUUAUCAAAGGAUUGGAGAUUCAUGUAAUUAGCAGCUCUAUAUAAAAGAUUAGCAGUCAAUCUGGCUUUUUGAGUCU